CAUUGUUCCGAGUGCAGCAGGGAAAUGAAGUUGGCGGACAGUUGGUACCACUGGAUAAAAUUUAUUUUCUCGAAAGAAGCGCACCGAUAUCGUGGAGCCAUGGCGAUGUUGGGGGCGGCGGGGGGUUCGAGGGGGUAGCGAUGUCGCAGAAUUGGAAAGCGCGACACGCUCCAACCUCAAACUCCGCGAUUCACAUAUAGAAAUAGUUUGUAACAAGGAAAAAUUUUUCAGAAUCUUCUUGACGCUUUAUCGACGAUAAAUCAAACUUUCCAAGAACUUGACGCGGACUCGUUGAAAGGAGUAUAUAAAACGGAGAACACGUAUAACAUAAUACGGAAGCGCAAUGUCCUCUUUGAUUGUAAUGCACAAUUCGCAGAUCAUGUUGUUGGAAGUGGCUGUAAAAAAUCUCUACAUGCCAUGGACCAACGUGUUCGACGCAGCCCUCAUGAAGAAAACCGUGAUAAUGUUUCGAUUGCUGGACGAGGAAUGGACAACGUUGUCCCCGAAUCGAUCCGACUACCAUUCUUAUCGUGGUUCCAAUUACGAGAACGAGAAAUUCUACGGAGGCAGGUCCGUCCUGUUCUCCGUCCCGGAAUCCAUGCUCGAGGAGAGUAUGUCGGGGGUGGAUCUGCAGCUCUACGUGUACAAGGGUAUAUCCAAGUAUUUCGAGCUCGAGUCACGCCGCAAUUUCGGAUUCACUCUCGUAAGGAUGGACGACCUGUUUAACGGGAUUAUCAAGGACCUCAACGAGAGGAAGGAGCUCGAGGGUUAUUUUUCCAACGAUUUGGAGCGGGAACCUAUAUCAAGAUCGACGCAAGGCAAAUUCAACCUGUUCGACGAGAAUCUGGACAAGACCAAUGCCACGAUCGAGCUCUACAUACGAAUCAGUUAUCUUGGCAAAUGCAUCAUAACCGAGAUCCAUUCACCCACGAGCAUACAGAAGGCGUUCUACGCGCGCGAGGAGACGGACGAGCAUUACAGGUACCAGUUCCGCGAGUUGAACACCAUGGACCUCGAAUCGUUCUGUUGGGGAAGCUUGACCAUCAUCCCCCCCCUCCACCCUGACAAUUUGAUCUGCCGAUGCGAGCGGGUGGAGAAGCCCGUGGAGGAGGCGACGCAGACCAAGAAGAAGAAGAAACGGAAGCGCGACGAGCUCGAUUUCUAUCGAAAGAUGGCACGCGCCCAAGAGUUGUUGGCCAAGAUGAAGGAGAUGAGGAAAAAUCGUCCCGACUCCAUAGCGCACGGGGUGCCGAAGAAGGUUUGCCCGCCGCCGGUCUGCCCGCCCGUGUGCGCGCCUGUCUGCGUUUACACUCUGCCCUCCGUUUGUCCCAGUCCCUGUCAACCGUCCACCGUUUACUGUAUACCUUCCCUCCCUUGCACGCCUUCCUGCAGGUGAACCAUGUACGUGUGUAUACACAGAAUCAGAGGAGAAUUUGCAUGGGAUUUGCCGGAAUCCCUUGGAAAAAAAAAAAUGGAGGAGACGUUACGCCGCGUCCAACUUUCGCCAUUGUUCCUAGCUGGAAACUUCCCCUCCUCCGAAGGUAAUCACGGCGACCGUGUCCCAUCGUGUUUUAUGAUCCAUUCAUCCCCCCGCGAUUGGACGAUUUCCCAAAUUGUCGGCCGAAAUUUUAUGGCUUAUGGCGAGGGGAGAGGAGCAGUUUGCACGAGCGCAGUUUGGAUCGAGUCGCAUGGCCCGUUC